UUAUUUUUAAUUUUUCUCGUUUGGCUUUACAAACUCGCUAUUUCGUAUCGUAUCACUCGUUUCGGUUUUCCCUUCAAGGAGAGACAGUGCCUGCCGCCACUGUUCUAUGCGCCCCCUUCAUCAUCAUCAUCAUCACCAUCCCCAUCCCUACCAUCAUCAACGCCAACACCAUAACCAUCUCCAUCGCCAUCAUCAUCACCUUCACCAUCACCUUAAUCUUCAUCUUCAUAUCCCUCACACUGCGAAAACCUAGGGUUCCUUCUUUCCUCAAAACCUUUCCUAUUAUUAUUCCAUGUACGAUCGCCACUGAGGAGGGUUUCCGAUUUGGAUGGCAUUGGGAGAUUUGAUGGCCUCUCGCUUUUCCCAAUCCACAGUUCUCGUCGUUCCCACCUCUCACAACCACCUCGACGAUUCCACCACCGCCUCCUCUUCCUCCUCUGCUGCCGCCGCCGUCGCCGCUCUUAACAACAACAGCAGCAGCAACGACGACGCCGAUUUCGCGCACCGCCGCGACUCUGAAGCCGCCAUCGCCAUCAUUAGCAGCGGCAACUACGCCGGGAAUGCCGCCACCAGCAUGGCCUACCUGCCCCACACCGUCGUCCUGUGCGAGCUCCGCCACGACGCCUUCGAGGCCGCCGUCCCCGCCGGCCCCUCCGACAGCGGCCUCGUCUCCAAGUGGCGACCUAAGGACAGAAUGAAGACAGGAUGUGUAGCUCUAGUAUUAUGUUUAAACAUUAGUGUCGAUCCACCAGAUGUAAUAAAGAUAUCCCCUUGUGCCAGAAUGGAGUGCUGGAUAGAUCCUUUUUCUAUGGCACCGCAAAAGGCAUUGGAGUCAAUUGGAAAAACUUUGAGCAGUCAGUAUGAAAGAUGGCAACCAAAGGCCCGCUAUAAAUGUCAACUUGAUCCGACAGUGGAUGAGGUGAAGAAGCUUUGUACUACUUGUCGUAAAUAUGCAAAGUCGGAAAGAGUUUUAUUCCAUUACAAUGGGCAUGGUGUGCCAAAACCAACUGCUAAUGGUGAAAUUUGGGUCUUCAAUAAGAGUUAUACACAGUAUAUUCCCUUACCUAUCAAUGAACUUGAUUCCUGGCUGAAGACCCCAUCAAUUUAUGUUUUUGAUUGCUCUGCGGCUGGGAUGAUUGUGAAUUCCUUCAUUGAGCUUCAUGAGUGGAGUGCUUCCAACUCCUCUGUGUCCCAAAGGGAUUGCAUUCUGCUUGCAGCAUGUGAAGCACAUGAGACUUUGCCUCAGAGUGCAGAAUUCCCAGCUGAUGUAUUUACAUCUUGCCUUACAACACCUAUAAAGAUGGCAUUGCGAUGGUUUUGUACUCGUUCAUUACUUCGUGAAUCACUUGAUUAUUCACUUAUAGACAAGAUCCCUGGCCGUCCAAAUGACCGAAAGACACUUCUGGGUGAAUUGAAUUGGAUCUUUACAGCCGUAACUGAUACGAUUGCCUGGAAUGUUCUUCCUCAUGAUCUUUUUCAGAGACUGUUCAGACAGGAUUUGCUUGUUGCAAGUCUGUUUCGAAAUUUUCUACUUGCUGAGCGAAUCAUGCGAUCUGCAAAUUGUUCUCCUGUCUCUCACCCAAUGUUACCUCCGACCCAUCAGCAUCAUAUGUGGGAUGCAUGGGACAUGGCUGCUGAGCUCUGCCUCUCUCAACUUCCGUCUUUAGUUGAGGAUCCUAAUGCUGAAUUUCAGCCUAGUACAUUUUUCACUGAGCAGUUGACAGCAUUUGAGGUAUGGCUUGACCAUGGUUCUGAACAUAAGAAACCACCAGAACAGUUGCCUAUAGUUCUUCAGGUUUUACUUAGUCAAUGCCAUCGGUUUCGGGCUUUAGUACUCCUUGGAAGGUUCCUUGAUAUGGGGCCAUGGGCAGUAGAUCUGGCAUUAUCUGUUGGAAUAUUUCCAUAUGUUCUAAAGCUGUUACAAACAACAACACCCGAACUACGCCAGAUCCUUGUAUUCAUAUGGACAAAGAUUCUUGCACUUGACAAGUCAUGUCAGGUUGAUCUAGUGAAGGAUGGCGGUCAUAUCUAUUUUAUUAAGUUUCUUGAUAGCAUGGAAGCAUAUCCAGAGCAACGUGCAAUGGCUGCUUUUGUUUUGGCUGUGAUUGUGGAUGGUCAUAGACGAGGCCAAGAAGCUUGUAUUGAAGCUGGUUUAAUUCAUGUCUGCUUAAAGCACCUUCAGAGUUCAUGUCCUAAUGAUUCACAAACUGAACCCCUUUUCCUUCAGUGGCUUUGCCUGUGUCUGGGGAAAUUGUGGGAAGACUUUUCAGAGGCACAAACAAUCGGUUUGCAGGAAGAUGCCACUACUAUAUUUGCUCCUCUACUGUCUGAACCCCAGCCAGAGGUUAGGGCAUCUGCUGUUUUUGCACUAGGCACCCUUCUUGAUGUGGGGUUUGAUUCAUGUAGAAGUGUUGGUGGAGAUGAAGAAUGUGAUGAUGAUGAUAAGUUUAGGGCUGAAGUUAGUAUAGUUAAGAGUAUGUUAGAUGUUGCUUCAGAUGGGAGUCCAUUGGUGAGGGCAGAGGUAGCAGUGGCUCUAGCACGAUUUGCUUUUGGCCACAACAAGCACCUGAAAUCUAUUGCUGCUGCAUAUUGGAAGCCUCAAGCUAAUUCUUUGAUUAAUUCCUUACCUUCGUUGACUAAUAUAAAAGGUUCGGUUGGUGGAUAUGCUAAACAGAACCAACACAUGCCUCAUGGAAGUAUUGUUUCUCCUCAAAUUGGUCCUAUCAGGGUUGGAAAUGACAACUCUCCAGUGGUUCGAGAUGGCCGCGUCUCUUCUAGCAGUCCUCUCGCUGGUUCAGGAAUCAUGCAUGGGUCCCCAUUGUCUGAUGAUUCAUCUCAUCAUUCUGAUUCAGGAAUUCUGAAUGAUGGUUUCAGCAAUGGAGUGGCUAACCACACUGGACCAAAGCCCUUUGACAAUGCAUUGUAUUCACAAUGUGUACUUGCUAUGUGUACUUUGGCAAAGGAUCCAUCUCCACGCAUUGCAAAUCUUGGUCGCCGGGUACUGUCCAUAAUAGGUAUUGAACAAGUGGUUGCAAAACCAUUGAAGUCUAGUGGUGUUCGGACUGCUGAAUCUACAGCUUCUCCACUGGCUCGUUCAUCUUCUUGGUUUGACAUGAAUGGAGGACACUUGCCUCUGACCUUCAGAACUCCUCCAGUCAGUCCUCCUCGCCCAAGUUAUAUAACUCGAAUGCGUCGAGUUUGUUCAUUGGAGUUUAGGCCCCACCUGAUGGAUUCUCCAGACUCAGGAUUAGCUGAUCCACUCUUAGGUUCUGGUGGAGCUUCUGGGACUUCAGAUCGAAGCUUUCUUCCACAAUCAACUAUAUAUAGUUGGAGUUGUGGGCACUUUUCCAAACCACUUUUAACUGCUGCAGAUGAUAGCGAAGAGGUAUCAGCCAGAAGAGAAGAGAGGGAAAAAUUUGCAUUGGAGCACAUAGCAAAAUGCCAGCACUCUGCUGUUAGCAGGCUAACAAAUCCAAUUGCUAAAUGGGACAUAAAGGGUACACAAACAGCAUUGCUGCAACCUUUCUCUCCUAUAGUGAUAGCUGCUGAUGAGAAUGAACGUAUCAGGAUAUGGAACCAUGAGGAGGCAACACUAUUGAACAGUUUUGAUAAUCAUGAUUUUCCUGACAAAGGAAUUUCUAAGCUCUGCCUUGUAAAUGAGCUUGAUGAGAGCUUGCUUCUUGCUGCUUCAUGUACUUCUCUCUACUGUUUAAUAUUUUUCAUUUUAUUCUCAAAUUAUUGUCAGAAUAUUAAUGUUAGGGAAUCUUUUGAUGCAGCUGAUGGAAACAUUCGGAUUUGGAAAGAUUAUACUCUGAGGGGUAAACAAAAACUUGUCACUGCAUUCUCUUCAAUUCAUGGUCAUAAACCUGGUGUGAGGAAUCUGAAUGCAGUUGUUGAUUGGCAACAACAAUGUGGUUAUCUGUAUGCAUCGGGUGAGAUAUCAUCUAUUAUGCUAUGGGAUGUUGAUAAAGAGCAGCUUGUCAAUUCUAAAUCUUCAUCAUCAGAUUGCAGUGUCUCAGCAUUGGCUGCAUCUCAAGUUCAUGGGGGACAAUUUACAGCUGGUUUCAUAGAUGGUUCUGUCCGACUUUAUGAUGUCAGAACACCUGAUAUGCUCGUUUGUGGAUUAAGGCCUCAUACACAAAGAGUAGAAAAGGUUGUGGGGAUUGGCUUUCAGCCUGGAUUAGACCAAGGAAAGAUUGUUAGCGCUUCUCAGGCUGGGGAUAUCCAAUUUCUUGAUAUAAGAAAUCAUAGCAGUGCCUAUCUUACUAUUGAAGCUCAUAGGGGUUCACUCACAGCUUUAGCAGUACAUAGACAUGCCCCAAUUAUUGCCAGUGGUUCAGCGAAACAACUCAUUAAAGUCUUUAGCCUGGAGGGUGAUCAACUAGGCACCAUUCGAUACUAUCCUACCCUAAUGGCCCAGAAAAUUGGUUCUGUAAGCUGCCUCAAUUUCCAUCCAUACCAAGUAUUACUUGCUGCUGGUGCUGCAGAUGCAUGUGUUUGUAUUUAUGCUGAUGACAACACUCAAGCUAGAUGAAUCCGCAUUUUUUCCAAUGAUUUCAUCGGUUGUCUCCAGCUUAGAAGAGUGCAUCAAACAUCUCUCAGGAUUACCAUGCAUAUUUUCUUGUAGUUGGAUAAUCCCGUGAUGAUGCUUUAAUCCCUCUCCGCUGUGAAUACAUCUGAAAAUAUUGGUAGGGGUACAUUCUGCUGAUAGUGUAUGCAAGAUAUUCAUUAGCCUCCAUGCUUAGAGGGUUGCACUCGACAGGAAGAAAGUCAUGCUUAUUGAUUGGAGGCUUCGGCAAAUAAUGUCAAUUCGUAAAUGUGUAAAUAUCAUUUUCUCCAUAAUUAUUUUUCGUUCCUGUUUUGCGUGCUAUUCCCAUCCUUCCUUGAUUUGUAAAAUUUUUAGUCAGAAUACAUAAGCUAGUUUGCUGACAAAUAUGGGCGACUGGCUCCUGAAAAUGAGCCAUGUCAUGAUUGUAGUUUCUGUUGAAUCGGGGGACCCUUGUUUUUAACCAACAUGUAAUUAAAUUCAAGUUUGUCCAAGUGUGCAAUUUCUGUCUCAAAUCAAUCUAAAGGUAUAGCUUUAUUGGACU